AAAAGCAAAACCUCUCGUUCAGGAAAAAAAAGGAAAAGAAAAAAAAACUCUCUCGUUUCGCUUUUUAGUAAAUCCAAAAUUUCUAAACAAAUCCUAUCGUAACCCCGAUGGAUCUAGAGGUGGUGGGCCGCCACGCGCUUCUCUUUGACGAUGACGCCAUGGCGUCGUUCGUCAACUCUCUGGAGGCUCUCGUCGACUGGAACUCUCUCUCCAUCGACCGAUACGAUGUUCGCCACCUUCUGUCCGGACCUCUUCCCUCCCGUCGUAAGAGGAGGCGCCAUCUUUCCUCUCCAUCCGAAACCGCCGGUGAUACGAUGGAGUCCGAUCUUGACCGUGAGCGUUACCUCGAUUUGCCUCCCUCUACCUCGCUGUCCGAUCAUCAAGAUGGAGAUAAUGAUGAGGGACCUCCUGCUUCUGGUGAUCAAUAUAAUGCUGUUUCCUUUUCAUAUGGAAACACUGGUGAAUCCAAUGGGCUAAAGGAUUCUGAUGUGGAGUCUAGUUUUCAGCCACCCUUUCUUGUGCCCAAAACCUUACUUCAAAACCUACCUCCUACGGAGAAAUUACAUCAGAUUAUAGCAAGGACGGCGUUAUUUGUAAGCAAACAUGGUGGACAAUCGGAGAUUGUUUUGAGGGUCAAACAGGGCGACAACCCAACAUUUGGCUUCUUGAUGCCGGACCAUCCUCUUCACCCAUACUUUAGGUUUCUUGUUGAUCACCAAGAACUUCUGAGCAGCAAUUCUGUCGAUGAGGAGGGCAAAGCUGAUGGUGCACAUGAUCAGGCAAGUGUUAGAGGCGGUGCUUUAUCUUUGCUUGGUACUGUAUAUGGUUCCGGAGAAGAUGAGGAUGUUGAAACGGAAAAUGCUACUGAAGUUAAGAGAACGGAAUCUGUGAGAACUGGGGUUGCUAUUGAUAAAGCAUCAACUGAUGGACCAGAGCAGAAAGAAUCUUCUUUAAGUGUUAAUAGAAAAUAUGAUACGGUGACUAAGCAUUCAGCUCCUUUAAAGGAAAAGGCUUCUGUGAUAAAAGGAAAUCAAUUGAUAACAACAGUUAAGGCUGGAACGACGACUGGGUUGAAGAAAGAAAGUGAUGCCUCUGCAGCUGAGAAAUCACGAGCUUCUUCUUUGCCACCCACAUCGAAGGUUGAAUUACCUGUCGUGGAGCCCCCAUCAGAUUUAAAGAGAGUGGUUGAUAAGAUUGUCGAAUUCAUACUGAGGAAUGGUAGACAGUUUGAAGCAGUUCUGGUUGAACAAGAUGUUAAGCAUGGGAGGUUUCCUUUUCUGUUGCCAUCCAAUCUGUAUCACCCUUAUUAUUUAGAAGCUCUUCAAAAUGCCAAAAAGUCAAAAUUACCUGGUAAAGCUUUUGUUUCCAUGAAGCAUGAUUCAUCUGGCUGUGGUGUAGAGAAGAAAGCUGCUUCGUCCCGAGAAAGUGAUAGUGCAUCUGUUGGAUCUGGCAUACCGUAUAAUUCAGAUAGGAAAGAGAAGUUUAAAAUGGUAAUCAACAAAUCAAAGAAGGAUGGACAAGAUCCCCCUUCCAAAGCUGCCCAGCCACAAAUUGGAGUUAGUGUGGAUGCAGCUGCCGCAGCUGCUAUUCUUCAGGUUGCCACAAGAGGCAUUAAGAAACCUAACCUAGAGGUUCUCUCAAAGACAUCGAUAAAUGGUAGCAGCCAGGUUCCGACCAGUGAGGCCGGGCAUGCCCCAAAUUUUGGUAGUUCCCGUUCGUCUCAGCCUCAAAGUUCUGAGCAGAAGGCAGGGCAUAAAGGUGAGGCAAGUGUUUCCGGUCCUGUUGCCAAUGCAAUUGCAAAGACAGCAGCUAUUGUAGCUGCAAGUGAGGCUGAUUCCUCCGAGGCAUGUUUGACAAAAGAAGAGAAGUUGAAAGCCGAGCGAUUAAAACGGGCAAAGAUGUUUGCAGCCAUGAUCAAAAGUGGUUCUGCACCGCAUAAAACUGAAGCAUUGAGUGGUUUAUCUGCUGAACCACCUGACUUGGGGGUUUGCGGUUCUGGUGUUGAGAGUGGACUCGGAAAAGAAAGGGAAGGCAGCCAAGUUGCAUCGGAUGUUAAUACUUGCGAUAAAAAUGAAAAGCAUGAAGAGAUGAAUUCUGGUAUUGAUCAUAAUGAACGGCAAUCAAAGCGGAAGUACCGUUCUAGAUCAAAAAGACAUGAAACAGAUAGCGGUCAGGAGGAGGAGGUGGAACAAGAAGAAAAAGAAGAGAAAGUAAGGGACGGGCACUCCAGUAAAAAGCGGAGAUCGCAUCACCAUAGUAGGGAUAGGCGGAAGCAUAGGGAAAGGCAUUCCUCUUCAAAGCAUAGAGAUUCUCGACAUCGGCAUAAGCAUGAUAGUAGCAUCGAUGAUGAGCGAAGUCAAAAGUCUGACAACUCUGAUAGCGACCAUCAUCAUUCUCGACACAAACGGAAGAGAUAUACCACUUUAGACACUGAACACAGUAGGCCAGGAUGCGGAAAUAGGCAUAGUGGUUCGUUCGAGGGUGAGCACUGGCACAAGCAUGAAAACUCCUCUGGGGAUGAGUAUCGAUGCUCUAGACACCGAUAUAAGCACCAUAGGUCCUCCGAUGAUGAGUACCAUCAUCAAAGGAGGAGAUCUCACGCAGGAAGAGAAGCAGCAUUGGAGGAAGGAGAGAUUUAUGCAAAAUCAGAUCAAUCUAAGUUGAGCGAGGGUAAUGUUGCUAGUAGGGAAGCUUCUGCGGAUAUAUCGAACCCGAUCCCGGAUGAGGCGGAGGGAAGGGCUUCAUCCAUGCCAUCUGCUACCACCACGAUUUCUAAUGAUUUAAGAGCCAAAAUCCGAGCUAUGUUAAUGGCGACCUUAUAGCAAGCGCUGACUUUUUCUUUUUCAGUUUUCACCCGGUUUGUCGUUACCAAAACAAUCUAAUAGAUGCUUUCUCAUGUAAUCUUAUUACUUGUGGCUUCAGCUUCAUUCAUAUGACCAAAUUUGUCAUUUCCCAA